UACUUGCUCUUCCAUUGCCUAUCAAUUAUAAUGCCUCAGAGAGAGGAGAUUGUAGGACCACCAAAUCGUCGUAGCAAACGGAAGACAGCUGUGUCUGGUAGCAACGAGGUUCAACAUGACAACUUCUUCGCAAAGGAAAUUCAGCGCCACAAGAUCAAUGAGAAUGUGUGUUUGGGCCAUGGUGACUUGUUGGCCAGCAUCACUGACUACAAGCAGGGGUCUAUCGAAUUGUUGGUCCAAUGGGAGGACUCGAACGGGACGUCUCUCAGGACUUGGGAGGUUGAAGAUAGGCUGGAGGACUCGCCUGCGUUGGAAGAGUAUUUUGUCCGUCUAGGCGGACGCGAAAGGUUGUUCAAAAAACAAGUCCGGCGAGGACUGCGCAGGAGGAAUAGCGACUCACCCCUGGUCCCAGCCCGGAGGUCUCCGCGAUCCAAGACCGCGGCUCUUGCCAAAUCGACUGAAUGGAGUCCUCCAGAACGCUCAUGAGAGCAAGAGAUUGCAUCCAUUGACGGUUGUGAAGUGGAGAGUGGCAGGCUUGCCGUCUAUGUCUCCUGGGAAACCGGCCAUAGGACGAGGCAUGACGCAUCAGUCUUGUACAAAAAUUGUCCCCAGAAGAUGCUCCGAUUUUACGAAAAGCAUAUCAAGAUCAUCGAGGAGUAACUUCGAUAUCAACCAAACUACAGAAGAGAACAGACGCGCGGUCGCAGGAUUACCUUGCUUGACCUAUGUCCAGCCUACUAUACUAGAAGUUGGAACUAUUUGCCUCGUUACGGCUUGUAGUGGUAGUUCCUCCGCACGGAUCGCAGAGGAUCUCAGAUCGGUAUGAGGACAAUGUUCUGCUCCUGUCAGACCCGCACGUCUGUGAUUGAGACGACUGGUAAUAGCCCACCUUGCGCAGUCGACCAGCCUGUCGCAUGAAGUGAUAGCAG